AAUCGAACAUCAAGAUUGGACCAAUGCAGAAUAUGAAUAGGAAUUUAAUAUAUCACUCAAAAUAAUACUGUCGGUUACUAGGAGAGAUGUGAUAAACGUUGUUGAGACUUGUGAUAUCACCUUGCGCUGAUGAAGUUAUAUAUCACUGCAUAGCAGCAGUCGGUUUCAAGAACCAUAAGGCAGUGGAAAAAACAUUUUGUUAAAGCCAGUAUUUUGGAGAUAUUUCCAAUUUAAGAUAUCCAUUUGGUUCGCAAGAAUAGUUAGAAAAUAGCCCAUUUUGCAUUCAUUAUUUGAUGAUUUGAUAGAGUAAGUUGAACAACCAUCUGCUAUGUCGACCAAAAAAAGCAACAACCAAGAGGAUGCAGCAACGAAAAAAGCUGGAAGGGGUUUACAGCAAAAAUCUGUGCAAAUGGCAAGCAAAAAUCCAUUUGCGGCAUGCAAGUCGUAUUAUGACAAACCUAGACCAGCAAAUGAGAAGAUUCCGUUUUCAUGGCAGGAUACUCAGUAUCAAGAUCGCUCAAAAUCUGCCGAUGAAGCAAAGUUCCGUUAUCUAGAGAAGCAGUACACAAGAGGUGUUGUUGGCAGCAGUAAUAGCUCUAUAAACGGCGACAUCAAAAACCAAACUAGAUUUCUCUCAGCCCCAGUUUCAAAACGAGACCAACAGAGAUCUAGCGAACGGCCUACGUCACCAACACCGGGGAUAUCCGUACCAUCUGAAGAAAUCAGAGAUAAACCAGUAGAAGAGACCAGGUCAAUCCCGAGAGGAGGCUCGCGAGAUGCGCAACCCCAGGAAUGGACAAAACAAAGAAUGCAUGAAAAUAACAUGGAAUGGAGAGCAGGAUAUGAGAAUUGGCGUGGAAGGGCAGCACAGAUUCAUAACAACAUGGCAAGAGAACUUGGGGAAAUAGCUCGAAGCAAGGAAACCAAUUCAAAGGAUCUGCAUAGGAAAUCUCAAUGGUAGAACAUCCAUACUCCUUUGAAUGAAGAAAAUGAUGCUUGCUGAUUGUCUUUCAAGAAUAAUGCAGCUUAUUUUGCCUACAUACAAUGCCCUUGUUCAAAUUUUGAAAAAUACUUUAAAUUUCCUUGCAUCGAAUUUCUAGCUUCAGAUUUGGACAGACGACCAGAAUUUUAGUUCACAUAAAAUACUUUGUAGGGGAUUCAACAAACACUUACAGACUAAAAUCCAGGUCCUUAAUCCGAAUUCAAAGUCCAAAAUUCAAAACAAAGAAAUUCAAAGUAUUUUUCAAAACGUGUAUUGCGGAACCAAAGAUUUUUUGUUAGAUUAAUAAAGGUAAGAUGUCUUAAGUAAAGGACUUGCUUGUUUAUGGACAGUAAUAUGAAUAAGUUCGUAAGCAUAUUGACGCAAAAAAAUUCUCAACCACUAGGCAACAAUUUAUAAGUUAAUUGUCAUAAACUGACUAGGCCCCUUUUUAGAAACCUGAUGAUCAGAGAUCUUCUAAUGGGGGAGUCUUGGGGUCAAAAUAAUGAUUACUUUUAAUGAUAAUUUGCUAAUACACCAGAAAGGGGAGAUGAAUCUUCUUUGUCUCCCUAAUAAAUGUGUCAGGUGUUUGUAAAUUUACGUUAUCAAUGACCCUGAGAUUAAUUAGAGGUGAAGGAGAAAGAGAAUGUCACGGAGCGACGUCAUUAGUUGAAUUGAAACUUUUCCCUUGACAGUUUCUCAGUUUUGGUGCGACAAUUGUAAAUAAUUACAGUUUAAUAUUAUCUUCUAUCUUUCUAUUCUAUUCUUAAGUGCUUCCUAUUGGAAGUUAUUAUACUAAGAUCAAAAUGAAAGUAUUUCCAUUUGUUUUAAAGGCAUAAUUACUGACUGGUAUUUCUAUACAAUCUUCUUUUGAAUGUGUCUUUGGUAAAGGAAUUUUGAGAAGAUGGGUAUGAUGAAUAAGAUGGAGCUAAAAACCGAUGUUAGAAAGUACUAGCAAUUCACUUCAAUUUAGAUUUGCAAGCUGGAUAUAUGUGGUAGAGUGAUCGUAAGAAAGCUAGGGCGGUAAGGGAAAAAUCCCUUCUUUGCGACAAACUGAAAAUAGCUUUCUGUCCGACUUUCGUGAAUCGAAUCAAUUCCAUCUCUUUUGCUUGAACCUUUGUCAAAGAGACAGCCUCUUUAAACCAGUAAGAUUUAGUCAAACUAUGAUUUAGUCGAAUUCGAUUUUACAAAAUCUGUUUCGAAAGCUUUGUAUCAAGUUGUUUCUGCACCUUCGAUUAUUGAUUAUUGAUUUGAAAAAGUAAGAAUCUUCACAGCAAAAGAGGAGACUAAUUAAAGUGAAUAUUUGAGGACGAGUGAUGAACGAUAUUCUAGUGAUCAUUUUUGCAUUCUUUUCCGUGUUCUUUUGGAAUUUAGGCUGCCAUUAAGCCAUGCAAAAAGUGUCAAAAUUGACACUAGAUAGAGCGAAGAAUUGAAUUUUAUUUCAAUCACCAUUCGAUUUAGUCAAAUGAACUAGAAAACUUUUAAUUAGUGAACAAUAGGAUUCGACAUUCUUAUGACGCCUUGCGAUUUUUCCUCAUACACGAUUAGAUAGAAUAGAGAGCGACUGGCCCCUGCCCUGAAAGGCGCAUUAUUAUAGCAUCGGCUCAUAGACACUCAUGAAGGAAAACUACCCUAUUCUUAAUUAGAUUUAGUCGCUUACUCGACGAAAUUUGCACUACAGGGUGUAGUUUAAGUUGAUUGACUGAACGCAGGAUUAUCGGGAGCCUUUCAAAGUUUGGAGGGGGGCACAGGUAGGAAGGGGCACCAUAAAA